UUAAGUCCAGGCCUUCCCGUUCUCGGUUUAAGCGUACUCAUUAAAAAUCUUCAUAGGAUUGCGCGAUCUAAGUGUCUCAGGUUAGCAGAAUUUACUCAUCGGGCUGGGAAGUAAGGCAUGCAAAUAAAUAACCACGGAAUUAUUGAGGUACCGUUUCCCCAUGCAUAAAGAAAAUACAGGCGGCUUAGGGAAAGCGGAGGAUCCAUCCAAGAAAAGGCUAAAGGGCAGCGGCCAUUGGAAUCUGUGGGUUUCUUUCAAAGAAAAACAGGACUGCGUUUAUGAUAGUUGAAUGGAUUUAGAGCCUGAAUUAGAAGAACGCUACUUAACUUCGACGAGGCAAACGCGGGAAACUCAUUAUGAGGUCGAGUGAUUGCACUACGACAGAAGAGUCGGCUGUUGUACUAGAUUUAUGGCAAAGAAUUUAACGGUAAUAAACGGGGAUAGAGGAAUGCGGGGGGUGCAAAUUCACGCGGGAAAAAGCGUCGGCAAAGUUGCCUGGCAUCAGCGAUUCUUUCUUCCUCCACUGCGGCUUCUGCUACUCCUACCAGAGAUGCUAAACCUGACAUCCCACCCAGAUCAGUAGCGCAAACUCAGCCUCGGGAGUGAACAACAGACGCCCUUUACGAAACAAAGCAUCGGGAUCCGAGCUUUCCCUGUUUCUCCCCACCCUUCCCUUCUUUGAGUUGCGGUGUAAACCAGCCCUUGUAUUCGAUUCAGUAAGACACGCCACCCACACUCCGGUUUUGCACAAGCAGCAUUUAGAAAAUUCGUAGGCUCCGUGAAUAGUGGAGACAGCAUAUCGGCUUCUCUCCACCGUUCCCCCCCACCCCCGUUUUUUGAUCCGGUUCCCCUUUAAGCGAAGUUCGAUCUGUUGCAGACGAGCAGGGAAUCCCUCGCUGAACGCGUCAUUCUAACCAAGGAAACCCGCGGUCGCGUAGUACAACGCAAAUGACCAUCUUUGGCAACGGCGACCUGCGACAAUGGAACAGACUAAACGUACACGCUAGAAGGGGACGGGGGACGUGACAGAAAGAGGCCUGGAUCGGGAAAUCAGGGCCAUCAGACGAAUUGGCCGGCUGCGCCUCCGCUGCACUGGGAAAUGGGUAUGAGAAGAGCUUCAAGUCGUCUGACUGGCGUUGGCUCUGCGGGGUUUAACGGGCAGGGUGCUCUUGCCCGCCUGUUCCUCCUCCGCCAAGUGGGAGGUUCCGCAAGGGGAGGCGGGGCCAAACUGCAAGUUUGACGUUUGCGAAUCCACAUGGUACAGAUCGUAAGAGACAGGGAGAUGGAAUAAGACUGUGGAUUUGAACUAAUGCCAUUGCACUGACUCAUUCAGGGAGAGUAAAGGAGCUCAGAGAACAAGGAUACGAGAUAGAAAGGCGCUCAAAAGAACGAGGGAGAAAGAGAAGAGGGGGGUGACUUGUAACAAGGGGGGGGAGAUAGCCUUUACGGCAGACAAGGGCAGCAUCAAGAGUUUAAAAAGAUCAAUAAUUCAGAAGAGUAUUUUAAACAGCAACAAAUAAAUAUAAGGAGCCUCAGAUCCCGGGCUGAGUCAUCCAGCCCAAUUACAGCAGGAAGCUGGCAUUUUUCUGAAGGGCUUAAUUAUACAGGAGGUAUAGAUCCUCCUGACUUAAAAACUACAGUGCCAUCGCGGCUUUGAAACCAGUAGGGAGAUAUCCGCAGGAAGUUGGAAGGAAGGGAAAUGAGACACAUCAGGCUUUCUCUUAUGUAGAAAUAAAGUCGUAUUUGGAAAGAAAUUUUUUUUAAAAAAAAACAAUCUUGUCGUUUUCAUAUGAGAAGCAAUGAUUUGGCUCUAGAGGGAUUUAUGUUAUUUUUCUAUAUUGUAUGGAAGAGAGUUUUUGGAUAUAUUUUUUAAUUUCCCCAGUGCUGUCACAAGAAGGAGAAGAAGAAAAGAAUAUCAGGAAAGACUUAUUUUUCAUUGCUUAAAAUAGAGGAAAAGGGAAAUACCCUGCCAAACGCAACAGUGCAUUUGGAAAAAUCCUAAACGAUCGGAAGCGAACAAGACAGGGAGGGACUGAGGGGGAAAAAAGAGAGCGUGCGCUUGGAGGGUUGUGUUCUUUCCCCUCCUUUCCUUUUCUCAAAGCUUAUUUCUCCCCUACUUCCACCUCGGACAAUGUAUCAGGACUUUCCAGGAAACUUUGAUACCUCCUCCCGGGGCAGCAGCGGUUCUCCAGGCCACCCGGAAACUUACUCCAGCCUCGCAACUCAACAGAAAUUUCGGGUAGAUAUGCCAGGAUCGAACAGCACUUUUAUUCCUACUCUGAACGCCAUUACCACCAGCCAAGACUUGCAGUGGAUGGUUCAGCCCACUGUAAUCACCUCCAUGCCAAGUGCCUACUCUCGCUCGCAUCCCUACAGCCAUGGUUUGCCAAAUCUGUCUUCGGUUACUGGACACACAGCUCUUCAGAGACCUGGUGUUAUUAAAACCAUUGGGACCACGGUGGGCAGGAGGAGAAGAGAUGAGCAGUUGUCACCUGAGGAAGAAGAGAAGCGAAGGAUCCGGAGAGAGAGGAACAAAUUAGCAGCUGCUAAAUGCCGUAACAGACGUCGAGAGCUGACAGAGAAACUCCAGGCAGAAACAGAGGAGCUGGAGGAAGAAAAAUCUGUGUUGCAGAAGGAGAUUGCUGAACUGGAGAAAGAAAAGGAAAAGCUGAGAUUCAUGCUGAUGGCUCACAGCCCAAUGUGCAAGAUCAGCCCCGAGGAGCGUCGGACCCUGCCUUCCCACAGCCUCCAGACCGUCCGGACUGGAAUGAGUGGCUCUGUGGUGGUGAAGCAGGAGCCUGUAGAAGAAGAGAUCCCUUCCUCCUCUUCUGACCUUGAAAAGGGGCAGAGAUCUGUCAUUAAACCCAUCAGCAUCGUAGGUGGGUUUUAUGGGGAAGAGCCGCUCAACACUCCCAUUGUGGUGACCUCAACACCGGCUAUCACCCCUGGAACAUCCAACUUGGUCUUCACCUACCCCAGUGUGCUGGACCAGGAAUCGCCACUCUCCCCUUCGGAGUCUUGUUCCAAAGCUCACCGGAGGAGCAGCAGCAGCGGUGACCAGUCCUCGGAUUCUUUGAACUCUCCAACUCUGUUGGCACUGUAACCCUUUUUUCAAUUUUGCCCACACCCCGCUCAAUUACUUUGUGUGUGGGGGGGGAACCCCACCUUUGAGAUCAAAGACCAGCACAAUGACUUUUUCAGGCACAAGGGCAGCAAAAAGCAAGAAGAAGAAGAAAUGAUGUAGUUCCCAAUACUUCCUGGGACGGGAAGAACCAGAACAAAUGCAAGCCAUAUAGGAGUGGGGUAGGGGAGCAGAACUCGCGUUGCCGGGCCCCAAGGGCUUAGACUACAUGGCAGGUAUAGAAGGGAAUGAAACUUCUCAUCCACAGUUUAGUGCGAAUGGAUGCGAGCGUCAGUAAAUCACUAGCCGUUCUCGUUAUGCUGAUGAAUGGAUUUGUGAGACAAGGUUCCCUUCCGUGCUAAGUAGUACAUUCCAGUUAGUUUGAUCUCAUUUGGGCCUUCACCUUUUUAUUCUUGUUAGAUACCAUGACAUUUCGAAAACUCUAAAAGGCUUGUGGCAAUUGUCAUUAAACUGCUGCUGAUGUUAGGAUCUGCCUAUGGGGAACUCUUGCUGUUGUUGGGUGGUUUUUGUUAGAUGAUUCAGGACUGAGAGAGGAAUAACUAACAUGUCAAAAUGGUUCUUUAAAAAAAAUUAUCCUACUAGUACCCUUUUGGAGGGGGCUGGGAUUGCAUGGAAGGAAACGAGUGCUGGAUAUUUGAUUGACAAAAAAAGUCUCCUUGAAGGAGAUGGGAGUAUGGCGAUAGGCGCAUUGUUUCUUGGUGUGUUGCAAAGGCUGUGUUUGCAAUGUGCUUCCCAUCAGUGGGCCAGGAGUGGUAGCAGGGAGCUGGGGAAAUGCCAAAGUGAGUUUUCACCAAGCCUUUGUCUCUGGCAUAAGUCCUUCUAUUAUUAGUGUUUUGUCAAAUUGGUUGCUGGACCCUACAUUGCCUUUCCCUUUGGCUGCCAGCCACCUUGGGUGUGGUGCAUCCUCCUCAUCAGUGCACCUGACUGGGAUGCUGGGGCUGUUUCUCAAACAAAGCCACUGGCUUCCAGAUCUGUGAACUUUAGCAUUGCAGCGAUGUUGCCAUUCUUCUCUGGUGACUGAUCCAGGAAAGAGAUUCACCAAGGGGGGAAAGCGCAGAAAGCUAGCUGUGUGCUCCCUUGGAGAAUUCCUUUUCUUGAGUGUGUUGUAUUUCACUUGUCAGUUCUUGGCCAAAGUGUGUAUGUGUGUUGCUGUUUGAUGGCUUCAGGCCUUGUUGUUCCUUGGCCCCCUUACUAGUCCUAGAGACAAUAGGAGAAAAUAGUUUCUAUACCUCAGUUUUGGUCCUCUGCUGUGCUCUGCGCUCUGUCCCUGCACGUUCAACUGGAUACAGCUGUUUCAAAACCUGUGCUCGCUACUGAAAUGGGCAGCAUGGUUUACUUUGUGCAUCUUCUGUGGUGCCAAGGCAACAUCCUUUUGAGAGACAAUUGCACUUAAAACAGCACAGCUGCUUGGGUCUGCAGAAUGGCAUGAAAUUGAGGAGAGGUUUGCUGGGUCUUCAUCUGGUAGAUUAUGGCUUUAUUUCUAAAACUAUUUUGUAUAGAGACCAUCUCUUUGAGCCCAAGCUAAUUAUUGUUCCUGUGACAAGCAUAUUUAUUUCCACUCUCAUUUUUGUUUUCAUUUUAUCUCAGGGUGUAUCAGGCCAGAUGGCAGAGGGAUUCAUGAUGUCAUUGUGCUGUUUGGGGACCAGUUUUCUGAGCUGGAGAAACAUCAUCAAGCCAUGUUAACUCCUAUCAUUGAGCAUCUCUGCCUCCCUUGAGACUUUGCCUUAACAGCCUGGGAAUUUGCUUUUGAAUCUUUUGAGGAUUUUUACAUUGAAGUCGGUGACCAAACUCUCACUGAUUUUUUUUUUAAAUGCAUUUGGAUAACAGCCAUAGGUUCAGGUCAGCUGCUUUUAUACCAUUGUGAAAGUCCAGAGGUUCUCAAACUGUGUGGUGUGGUUCACAGGCUGCUGGCGGCCCACAAGCUCCAUUCAAGUGGUCCACAGAAAAGUUGCUGAAUAGUCAAUAACAUUGCAAUUGGCCCUGCUAAAGCUGACAAAUGUUACAUGCAACUUCACAGGAAAUUGCUCAGAAAAAACAGGCAUAUCUAUCAGAUUAGAAAAGCAAGACUACAAUUUAUUAAAAAGCAAGUCCCAUAUUGCUUUGCUUUGUAGAACAAAAGGAGUUUAUUAAGUGGUCUGCUGAGAUACUUGGCAAUUUUCAAAGUGUCCCCCCAAAAAUGUUUGAGGGUCCUGUUCUAGGCUGUUUAGUGUGAUUGGAGUUUCUAGCUAAUAAAAACAAAUAGAAUAAAUCAAAGCCAUUUUUAAUUCUGUGACCUGAAUCAAGAACAUAAAUAUUUGAGUAUAGUCAUGCAAUUUGCAUUAAUUAUUUUGCCAAUGCUGGCCAUGGGGUGGAGAAAAGAGCUAUGCGGAGCACUAAAACCCUACUUCUGGCUGCUGGCAGGGGGGUGCUUAGUGUCCCUCUGGCCUCUAAAAGUUCGCCAGGCAUUAACUACAUAUUUUCCAGCUUCUCUUCACAGCAAUACAGGUGAAAAGUUUUUUUUAGAUGAGAGGGAGGGCACUAACUGCAAUUUCCUUGAUAUUACCUCUGAUACCGAAUUCUGCUCUUCGGUGGCACAAUUGUUUAAACCCAGAAUAAAUUAGUUCUGGCUGUAAAUCUUUAUUUUUGUUUUUAAAUGCAAUUUUUUUCUGGAAAGACAUUUGAUACUAAAAUCCAGGCAUCUUUCUUCCUACAUCUCCCAUUUUAGAUGGUGCUUUUGAAAAAGAGUCAGUUCUAAGCAUCUAUCAUUUAGUAGGAAAGAUUCAAUGCAUAAUAGGAAAAUUAGAAAAUCUGCAUAUUUUCACUGUAACAAUUUUUUAAAAUAACACAAUAUACCUUUCACUGAUGUACUUUCUGAAAUGUUUCUUGCCUCAGGAGGCCAAAAGCUUCUUUAAAAAAAAAAUCACAUGUUGUCAGCCCAUAUAAUUGUGCAAUGGGCCAAGUUGGCCCAGGCUGCAUGGUUUUUAGAAAUUCUUGGAAAAGCAGAGGCUGAAUGCAACAGAGGCACCUGCUCUGCCAGACUCGUAUCUAUUGGCAGAAAAGGAAAAGUGCACUCUGAAAUUCCUAGCAGGAUCCAAGUGUAUGGCAGCGUUCUGGGAAUGAGGUUUAUAUGUGAGGCCACCAUUUGCUGGUUGGUUGCUGUGAUGCUUCCACUGUUUCAUAGAUACACCUUAUGCCCUUUGACCAGACUUAACAGCCUGUUACAGAAAAGCUGGAGGAGAAGACUAGAGGAAAGACAUGGUUUGGCAAUGCUUUUUGCUCCAUCUAGUUUUCUAAAUGGUAACGGAGGCAAACAAAAAUAGGGGAGGCAGGAUUUAGAACAGGUGUGAAGAACCUUUGGCCCUCCAGAUGUUGCUGAACUAUAACUCCCAUCAUCUCUGGCCGUUAGCCAUGUUGCUGGGACUGAUGGGAGUUGUAGGUCAGCAACAUUGGGAGGGCCAAAUGUUUCUCACACCUGAUUUAGAACUUGGUUGUUUUGAGGCAAGUAAGGCUGUGAGCAAACUGUUUCCAUUGGCCACACUUAGAGGGGCAACAGGUUGAUCUGCAGAUCAGUUGUGAAAUCUGUUUGAAGCUAAAAAAAGUUUUUUAAAAAAAUGCGUUCGAGCUGAUCCCACCAGAUUUACAAUAAAAAGCCGUGGGUUUUGACUAGCGUUGUGUGCCCCCAUUUGCAGAAAAGAGAGGUGGAGUCACACUGGAACUGAGAGAACAGUAAGUGUGUCUGUGCCCUAAGAUAGGUGGUAUGCCAAGUCUAUAGAAGAGCUCCCUUUUUAAGAUCAGAGAUCGCCUGCAGAGAGAUCUGGUUUUACUACUAGAAGCAAUUACAAAAGAGGUCUAUGAACAUCUACUCUUUUGUAACUGCUUCCCAUUGUUGACCUCAGAGAUAUCCUCAGGCCAUCUUAGUAUGUUUCUCGUUUUAUACUGAUAGGUUUUUAUAUACCACUUGAAUGAAGGUUGCUGGCCUAGGAGCCAUGGCUUGCCUUCACCUUUUCUGCUGGUCAGAAAUGUGACCUGCCGCCAUUCUCUUCCACAAAAUGUUUGUCAUUUUGUGGCAGAUAUUCUUGUGGAUCCGAGUCUUACAGUUGAUACAGCACAUGUUCAGAUUCUGAGUAAAACCAUGUUCUGUUUAAAUCCAGUUUUUGCUCCAGAUUCUGUUUUUCUUCAUUUGCAAAUUUAUACAUCUGAAGUGGCAUAUUGCACUUCUUUCCUAGAGCUACACAGAUGGAACUCCAGUUUAAUCUUUGCAAGGCAUGAGCAAUGGCUUUGGCCUCUUGGACACUUCUUACUAAUUGAAUGCUUCCCCUUGCUCUUGGUCCUUUUUGUUAUGUGCCUUCAAGUCGAUUACGACUUAUGGCUACCUUAUGAAUCAGCGACCUCCAAUGGCAUCUGUCAUGAAUCACCCUGUUCAGAUCUUGUAAGUUCAGGUCUGUGGCUUCCUUUAUGGACUCAAUCCAUCUCUUGUUUGGCCUUCCUCUUUUUCUACGCCUUCUGUUUUUCCCAGCAGUAUUGUCUUUUCUAGUGAAUCAUGUCUUCUCAUUAUGUGUCCAAAGUAUGAUAACCUCAGUUUCAUAGCUUCUAGUGAUAGUUCUGGUUUAAUUUGUUCUAACACCCAGUUAUUUGUCUUGGUCCUACAGAAUGGUAAUAUCUGGGUUUUAGACUUGGCAUGAUGCUCUGCAUAUGAAAUCCUGGUGGGAUCCUGGUGGGAUCAAUUUGGCCACUGAGUCAGGGAUUCUACUGACAUCUCAUGGACGAUGAUGGGUGAUAUCCCAGCUGUAGACAUUACAAACUCCAUGUCUGGAUGUUGGCUUUACUGUAGGGAGGUAUGGGAGAUGCUUUGUAAGUGAGGCAAAGCUCAUUAAGAUUUUAUACCAAACAGAUAGGUCUCUGAUCCAGGAAUUAUUUCUCCAUGUUCUUACGUUAAACUCACACAGGACGGGCACCAAAGGGCAGCCAGGUCGGGUCCUGGCCAAGGGGGCCCUCGUUAGGGUGGGGGAGUAGUGCUCCCCUGCUGCGGACCACAGGGAGGGGGCUUCCAGGCCACCCGCCCGUUUGCUUGCUCCACUUGCCUCUCUCCUGUCUCUGUUGCUGCGCACGCUGUGCGCACAGGGCUGCCAUCAAACAAGAUGGCAAUGAACACUUGUUUAAGGGGCUGAUGCCCCUACUGCCACCUUGGUUGAUGGCAGGCAUGUGAGUGCAUGUAGCGUACUGUGUUUGCAUGCAAUCGUUCAAGAUGGCGACAGGGGCAUUAGCCCCUUAGAGAAGCCUCCACAGCCAUCUUGGCUUAUGGCAGCCCUGCGUGCACAAUGCAUGCAGCAGCGAAGACAGGAGUGAGGUAGGUGGAACAGGCAGGAGCUGCGCACCUGGGGCAGACUGGUGCCAGCCCUGCUCGUGUGAUGCAUCUUGGCUAUUACAGAUGUCUGUAUUCAUUAAUAUGCGAUACUUUGAAGAAAACCUAGCGACUUUGUUCAAAGGAACAAUAUAUUUGUGUCUCAACACUAAAUCUCUUUAAAAUUCCUGCUUCCUAUCCAUUCCAGCUUCUUUGUACUUGACUGUUUCUUUCCAUUCAGUUUGGAGUACAAUCCACCAAGCAUUAUUACUUUGUGAGCUCUCUUCAUUUCAAACUGUUUUGUGCUAGCCUGAGUGGCAUAGAUAGAGGAUAGCCACAGUGUUUUAAUGGAUUGUGCUCUUAAGUCUGCAACAUGCUUGUGAUGCAACAGGACCUGAGGCCAUCAUGUUGGUAUCCAUAGAUUUCCCCCCCCCUUAAAACAUUUUUAUUUAAUUGAUCUAUUAAGUUUAUUUGAACCUAGCAUUGUGCUGCUUUUAUAUUCCACCUGGCCUUAAUCCUAAAAACACCCAUUGGUUUCUCAUUUAUUUAUUGGCAGGCAAACACUUUAUGUGCCUGCUCCAGCAAAUCUGCCCACCGUUUUAAUUUAACAUCCCUCCAACUUGUGUUCCUGUUUUUUAAUGCCAAAAUGACAUUCUGCAACAUUUAAAAAAAUUCCAAAAGUAUUUUCAUUUGAGUGGGUCAAAUAUAUAUAUUUGAAACAUAUAUAUAUAUAUGUUUACAUCUUUUUCUCAGUUUCAUAUCUGUAUUUUAAAAGACCUUUAUUUUUCACAGCUGACUUUUCUUUUAUAAAGGAGAUGGCUUUAGCCUCUUAGGUUUAUGGAUUUUCCCCAGUUUCAUUGUGUCACUCUCCAUGGGUUGGCUCCGGUCUGCAUUUUGCUCUGUCUGUCUUCUACCUUGCAUGGAGAAUUUCUCUAAUUUAAUUGAAGAAAUGGUGCACUUGCAACUUACUUGUCCCAGCUCUCUGUUCCUUUCGCCAUAGAUAUCCAGGGGGGUGUAUUAAAACAUUGGGCAAGUUUUGGGGGUUUUUUGAAGGGGGAAAGGCUGUAGGUCAGUGGAAGAGCAUGUACUUUACAUGCACAGUGACUCUGGUCCAAGCCUUAGCAUCUCCAGGGAGGAUUGAAACCCUGAAGAGUUGCUGCCACUUUAAUUCCCAUUGUGAUGGCAGAAGUGAAGCCCUUUCAUUACUCCCAGGGCAUGUUAGUUUACUAACUUGUGAACUGGGAAGUCAGGACUUUCUCAUUAAGUACAAAUCAUAUUGAUGUGGUCAUUCGUGCAAUCACAUGUGGAGGAAAAAUCCCAAAUUACUUGGUUUUUAAUACACACCACUGCUUGUGUACACUAUUUACUUAAGUGGGGAAAAAUCAUGUCAACAGAAGGGAAAGCUGCAGGGAAAAGCAAACUACACAUGUGUUGGGGUCUUCGCAAAUCCAGAAAUCAAAGCUGGAAAAAUAGAAGAAAGCAAAUGCAUUUGUGUCUCUCUGCGUGUAGGUUGAGAUAAAUUCAAACCACUAAAUCCAGGGGGAAAUUUAGCAGGAGAGAACUUCAGAAACAUCUUUACCUUUUCUUUUUUAUAAAGAAAAACUAUUUCUAAAGAAGCAUUAUCAAUCCUCUGCAAAUAGUAAUAGGUGAGGCCAGAAGAAUUAUUGCUGGGUACAAGAGAUGAAUCAAAAUUUCUUUCUGUUCUAUGAAAUGAUUCUUCUCCGUUUCCACUUUGUACAAUUAAAAGGUUGGUCCACUUUCUUGUUUGUGGCUGUUUGUUGUGGGAAAAAAUAUGAAAUUAUGUGUAGAAAAAUAGACAUCAGGUUUGUCUUUGCUCAGUGAGCAGAUAAAGUGUUUGUGUGUGUGUAUAUAUAUAGAUAGAUAGAUUCUACUGUGUAGUCACAAGUAACGUUGGUAAGAGUGCAUCUUUAUUAGCACAGUAGUUUAAUAGUGUAAGAUGGAAGAAUGCUUUAAGAUUCCUGAAGAUAAAUGGGCCUGGAUCUCAUUCUGUUUACAUUUCUCUGAUCCUAAAUGCACUCAUAUUAGAAGUUUGUAUCUACACUGAUCAUAACACUGGUAAGGAAAUGGUUCUCAGUGAUCUGAUUUGUGCUACAACAUUUUGUGCAAAUCUAUAGAAAUCAAUAAAUAUUUGGGUGUGCCAUAUUUUUCUUCCACAUACAAUAUGUCCCCCCCCCUUUCUUAACCCCGGAGUGAAAUAACUGCUGUCAAAAGUUGUUUAAUAUUACUGAAUUGGAAUCCUUUUUUACCCCUUAUCUUUUGUAUAGAUUUUCCUGUGGCGGCGAAGCUUGACUGAAUUGUCAUCUUCUCAUUCCUUGUUAUGCAGGCCUGCAAUAUUUGCACUAAAAACAAUGACAAAUAAUUAUAUGAAAGCUGGUUGGAGAAAGCUUGCUGCUACAAAAGAACAUAUGAAAAUAAUGGCCAUGCUUUCCAGUUUUAGUGGAGUAGUGCCAUUUUGUAAAAUAAAAUCUAUCUAGGUUGAAAAGAAUGAAGGUUUUAUAUCUAUCUAAAUAUUACUAUUUUUACUUUCUGUCACCUUUCAUUUCCUCAUCCCAUCUGUUAUCAUUCUAUGCCUCUGUCAUUGUUCCUUUUUGUGAUGAUUGAAUGUGUUCACUACCCCUACCCUGCAAGUUCAAACACUUGUAAAUUAUGCUUUCAUGGCACUGCUGACACCUUUUUUUGUAUAGUGAGAGCUAACUGGAGUUCUCUCUCUUCGGUUGAAGUCAUUAAAAGAUUCUCUUUGUUA